UCCCGGGCGGGCCGGCGAGAUCCCGGGAAGGGCGGGGAGGGCGGCCGCGGGCAGACGCGGCGCUGCGCUCCGCCGGCCGGCAGCAUGCGGCCCCUGCUCUGCGCGCUGGCCGGGCUCGCCCUGCUCCGCGCCUCGGGUGCCUUCGCGGCUGCUGAGCCCUUCAUCCCCUCCGGAGGAGACCUAGCUCGGACCACAGGGUGUGACAGAUACAUGGCUGUCCACGGCCGGUUAGACGUCAUAGAGGAGACGGUGGAGAAGACGGUGGAGCACCUGGAGGCAGAAGUGAAAGGCCUGCUGGGUCAGCUGGAGGAGCUGGCCUGGAACCUGCCCCCGGGCCCCUUCAGCCCAAUCCCCGACCUCCUAGGAGACAGAGACGAUCGCUUUGGAGCACCAGAGCAGGAGCCACCCAGCAGCUGGCAGUGAUGCAAUAGCUCUCCUCUGAGAACAGAGCCAUGCAUUCUGGCCUGCCUUCUUCAGCUCUGUGCAAAAUAAAAGCUACUCCUUUGGUCC